GCUGACUAGAACAGUUGGCAUGCAUUCUUGCACGUGUCGUGACAUCUCGUGACUACCGGAAGCGCGAUGCCACCUUCGAUGUUUGUCACGUUUGUCGCGGUUGCGUUGCUGGCCUUGCUGGCUGUUGCUUCGGCCGAGUGUGACGGCUUGGAGUGUGACGCCGAGGACGCUCACAUGGUCCAGGUCUUUGGCAGGAAGUUGAACAGCAAGCGGCUCGGGAGUUGUCGCGCUGAGGACCAAGUCAGAUGGCCAUGCGGAACUCCUGUGGUGAGCUCCUUUGCCUUGCAGGUGGUCAACAAUGACACAAGCUCAAGCAAUUGCGCCGCGGACAAUGUUGCGACUAUCAGCGCGCUGAACAUCGACACUGGUGAUUAUGCAAGUAUUUGCCAGCUCCCAGAGGGCAUUUGUGUGAAUGCUUGCGGCAUUGACCCCACCUCGAAUCUCGCAUUCUGUGUCUCCCGGCCAGGGGAUUUGAAUCUGCUGCGGAUUGAUUGUGAUUUCACUGGCAAGCUUGCAGAGCUGCAAGCAAGGUCUGAUGCAGGCACUCUCAGCUCGUUCACACCAGUGGCGGGAGAUGUCUGCUUCUACGGACUCGUUGCAAACACCAUGCAAGGAGCCUUCGAUGCCAGUGGAAAUUUCUGGUUCUUGCGGAGCACUGGGAGGGUCUACCAGAUCACCGAUGCGACAAUCGGAAUGCUGUCCGGCGCGGCGAAUCCAACCGUGCCGCCAAGCCCACCAAUACAAGGAGCCGUUGCCGGUCAGGAAUUUCUGAUCUCUGCUGUUAACGUCGGCAACGUCGCCGACAUCGUUGCGAUAACGAGCGAUUUUGAGGGCACCUCUCAAGAGUAUUUGGUUGGCUGCUUUCGAGACAGCACUCCUAAUCGGGCCAAAGUGUGGGUGCAGCAGGUC